AUCGCGUUCGCGUUACUUCAUUCAUUUAAAGCUUCCUGUGCGAGUGUUGUUUUAUGCGGAAAACAAAUAAUCCAAUCUUGUUUUCAUAUAAAGCAUAAACUGUUCUCGAUUUCCUCGAGUUCGCACGACAAAAUGGAAACCCGUUCAUCGAACAGUCAGGGUACAGCAGGUGUAAAUCCCCCGUCGGCCAGCGGUCCCAACAUUUGCCGCGUCUGCCUGGUCAACGGAGGUACGCUGGCGGCGGUGCCGGGCGAAACCAAAGCGGCGAUGGAAUCGAUUUUCACCACCGUCGGAGAGUACGAGGACAAAAGCCUCUACGGCAUCCUGGUGGCAAUUUGCACCCCGCUCGGCCAACGCGAGAUGCUAUCGGGAGGGGUGCCGGAACGGAUUUGCCGUAGCUGCAAGUGGCGUUUGCUGGCGGCAUACGAACUGCACCAGACUUGUCUCCGCAGCGACGAUAAGCUGCGGGAGAGGGUGGACUUUAGGAAGAAGCAGCAGCAGCUUCAGCAACAAAUCCAACAGGUUCCUGAAGGAGUAAUGAUCAAACAGGAAGUAUUGGACCCAGAUGAACAGGAUUUCAAUCAAAAUACAACCGGAGAUCCCGGAGAUUUAUCGUUCAUGUUGCCGGAUCACUAUUUUCCGGAAGCAGAAAGCACACAGAUGGAAAAUACGACUGAGCUGCUCGAGGAGAUGGCUUCGACCGUUGAUCCAAACGAGUCGCUUUUCGAAGAACAUUAUAAACUGAACGACAAGGGUAACCACUCGUGCACUAUUUGCGAGCAGGAAUUUCCCUACAAAAGCCAAUGUCGGUCGCACAUUAUCACUAAGCACGAUCCGACUAAGCCAUUCAAAUGCGACGUGUGCCAUUACACUCUGACGACGGAGAUUCGCCUGAUAAGGCAUAAGGCAUUGACCCAUGGAAUCGGGGUCAUUAAAAUCGAUGCAAUUUUAGAUGAAAAGGACGAUGUGGAUACGGUUUACACCUGCCAGAUUUGUUCGAAGACUUUCAAUUCACUGGUUCGUUUCAAGCGACACAAGAAUGUUCACGUUGCCUACAAUAGGCCAUUCAAGUGCGAUAUCUGCCUGUACCGGUUCCCGACCCGUGCUCAAUUGACGCAGCAUGCCAAAACGCAUCAGGAAAAGCCAGCAGGGGAGGGCGAAUCUGGUAAUCCGGACAGCGAGUGGGCUUGUGAGUACUGCGAUGAGAAGUUGCCCGGUAAACGGGCCCAAACGAUGCACGUUCGACGGUUCCAUCCGCAGGAACUGUUGCAGACAGAAACCAGGGAAAAGAAUGACUACAAAUGUAUUAUUUGCGAGGAAGCGUUUGCCAGGGAGAGUGUCCUUAAUACGCACAUGAAAAUGCAUGAGUUGUUGGCGUUCGAGAAGGAGAAAGAACAACGCCAGGAGCUGGAACAGUUGGUCAAGAAGGAAUUGCAAGCCCAGCUACCGAACAAGAAGGAUUCUGCCAAUUCCAGUUCGUAUGAGGCUUUAGGUGCCAACUUAGAUUUGAGCAAUGUUAAUGUGAAGAAGAAAAGUGACGUUGAUGUCGCUUUCGCUUGCAUGAUUUGCGAUCAAGAGUUUGAAGAACGGGAAUUGCUGCUGAAGCACCAGAAGAAACUGCACAAGGAACUGCAGUUGAACAUCGUUUCAGGCACGCAGGACAAUAGUGCUCAAUUUGACUCGGCAAAAGAUGAAAAUUCCGACGACGAACCGAUGGUCGUCGAUCUGGACCCCUCUGAGUACUCGCAAUCCCAAUCGGACGGCGAAUCCACACAGAAAGCAAGAUCCGGUGGGCCAAUGCCCAAAUGUGAUCUCUGUCAAAAGACGUUCAUGUACAACUGCCUGCUGCAGACACACAUUAAAAACAGCCAUAGCGAAACGAAGCCCUUCGAGUGCAAGGUAUGUCGGAUGCGGUUCGGCUACCGGGGUUCUCUGCAGAAACACGAGCUGACGCAUUCCGCUCAGAACAUACGGCCGGGCGAGCACGGUUCCAUCAUGUACAAAUGCAAGAUCUGCUCGGCUAAAUUCCUCGAGCUAAAAGCCCUGACCGUGCAUCUUCGAACCCAUCGCGGCGGGGGAGAUUCGAUCCAGCCAAAGAAAGUGGAAAUAUUCCAAUGCUCUUCCUGUCCGCAGAUAUUCCAGGAGAAGGACAAAUUCGAUGCGCAUGUAGCCAACGGCCAUCGACCUGGCGGGGUUCAGCUGCAGCCGUCCGGUUCAGCUCACAUGCGCAAAAAUCCUGACCCGCGAAGGGUGGCAGAGCGGAAACCGAUGAGUGACAAGGAGCGGUUCUUCGGGAGCUUAUCGAUCGUUAAGCUCGAACAACCGGCGGAACGUGUCCGAAUGGAGACUUUGUGAGAGCAGUUCGAUCGAUGAGCUGCUGCAGUUGUGUUGGAAAGACUUAUGUUAGUAUCUAGCAGUAGAUGUGUUAGUCGGUAAGAAUUGUAUGGGUUUAUAAUUGUUGAACAUGAAAAUGGAACGGAUGGAGGAUUUCAACUGAAUCAGGAAGUAUGUGUCAUACAGAAGAGUAUGUCAGUUAUUUGAUAAGAGUGUAUAAUAUAUAAGAAAGCA